AUGGAGAAGGAAGAGUCGCUGAGACUGGCGAUCGCUGUUUCUCUUCUACGAUCGAAGAUCCAGAACCGUCAAUCUUCUUCAUCUACUUCCCGUUCUGAUUCUCCCUCCGAAACUGACGCUCUUCGCUGGAAGCACAAGGCUAAAGAGAGGAAGAAAGAAAUCAUCAGGCUCCAGGAAGAUCUCAAGGAUGCUGAAAGUGCUUCGCAACGUGAUUUGUUCCCAGCGAAUGCUUCUUGCAAGUGUUAUUUCUUUGAUAACCUGGGAGAAUUCAGCGGCAGGCGAAUUGGAGAGGCCUUUGAACCGAGAUUUAACGAUGUCCUUCGCCGUAGAUUUCUCAGACUAGCGAGGGCAAGGGGCAGAACGAAAUCAACUCGGUCAUCUCAAAGAUUGCGUCUCUCAGAACCGGGAUAUGAAGAGGAAGUAGAGCAUCUAAAGAUAUCUAUAGAUUUUCUCCUGGAACUGGCGGAAGCAGACUCCAAUGCCUUUAAUUUCAGCAACUUGUCACAUCAGGCUGUAGAUUUCAUAUUAGCUUCACUGAAGAAGCUGAUAUCAAUGGAGAGGAACUUAGAAUCUGUUGAAGAAUCUAUCAGUUCUAUGAUUGCACACUUGAUCACAAGAAUGUGCACUUCCUUUAAAGGAAAUGAGGUGAAACAACUAGAAACAAGUGUUGGGUUUUAUGUCCAACAUUUGAUCCGUAAACUGGGAAGUGAGCCAUACAUUGGACACCGUGCAAUAUUUGCUGUUUCUCAGAGAAUAUCCAAUAUAGCCGAAAAUUUACUGUUUAUGGACCCAUUUGAUGAAUCAUUCCCAGAGAUUGAUGAGUGCAUGUUUAUAUUGAUACAGCUUAUUGAGUUCUUGAUAUGUGACUAUUUGGUACCCUGGGCACAGAUUGUGUUUGAGGAGUGGAUAGCAUCAGUAGUCCAUGCGAGGAAAGCAGUAGCUGCUUUGGAAGAAAGGAACGGGUUGUAUCUUCUUUACAUGGACCGAGUCACAGGGGAAUUAGCUAAACGAGUUGGCCAUGGCGAUGACGAAGCGAUUGUAACGAGGAAGCUUGGAGUUUUCAUAAGGAAAAGGGGAGGUUACAGAAGGCCUCGCACCACCACAUCUGCUUCUUCAACACUUUUGUCAGGCUCUAUCCAUAUGACUGCUUGCCUUGCCUCCUCUUUCUUACUCUCUCUCCUUAUGUAG